AUGACAUCCACCUCAGCCCGACCAACUGUACCACGCGACGGGCGCCUGCUGGCCCUUAUCCUCGCGAGCAAGGGGAUCAGCGACGCCGACGACCGCGUCAUCCACCAGCUCCUCGACUUUGCGCAUCGUUACACCGCCGACGUCCUUGGCGCGGCGCAGCAGCUCGCGGACCAUGCUGGGCGGACGGGUGCACAGGCGAACCGUAUCGAGAAAGAGGAUGUCGAACUCGCCAUCCAAAUGCGCCGGCGGCACGAGUUCGUCGAGCAGCCUCCCCGGGAUUACCUUGCCAACCUCGCGCAUGAGCUCAACUCCGUUCCUUUACCCCCACUCCCCGAAUCGUUUGAGGUCGUGCGUCUGCCGCCCGCGUCGCAGAGGCUCACCGAGGUCACGUUCGACCUCGUGCCGACCGAUGCGGCGAUGGUGCUCAGUGACGACGGCAUGUCCGAGUCGGAGAGCGAGAGCGACAGCGACGCCGAUGGGGAGGAGGACGAGCCUGGGGUUCAGGACGCCGAGGGCGAAGACGACGAGAUGGAGGAGGUCGUUCCCGGUAGCGCGGCGCCUCAACGCGAAGUCGAGGUUGACGAGGACUAUGACGCGUAG